AUGGCAUCAGUGGCCAGUAGCACAGGGGCCCUACAGGGAACAGUCCUGGCACCAUUUCUCUUCACCCUGUACACUGCAGACUUCAUGUACAGCUCACCAAACUGCCAUCUACAGAAGUUCUCUGAUGACUCAGGUGAGGACAACAGAGAGUACAUAGAACUGACCCAGGGCUUUGAGGACUGGUGUUUGAUGAGUCACCUCCUGAUCAAUGCAGGGAAGACCAAAGAGAUGUUGGUGGAUUUCCGCAGGCACUGUCACCUUUCUCCACCAGUGAACAUCCAGGGAAUUGACAUUAUGAGAGUGGACUCUUAUAAAUACCUGGGUUUUCACCUCAACAAUAGACUGGACUGUGAAGUCCUGGGAAAGAGAUCAGACUCUCCAGAAUCCAACUGUUCAUUCUUGAAGAGUGACAGGUUUAUGGAAACUCCACAGAUGUUUAAAGAUGAAGACCCGUCAUCUGAAUACAGACCUGACUCUGAAAAGACUGGAACAAAACUUCAGGACUUCAAAAUAAACCUGAAACAGAAGUUUCAGUGUUUGAAUGAGGUGAUAACAAACCAGGAAACCCCAACACUUCUCAGUGAGAUCUACACAGAGCUCUACAUCAUAGAGGGAGACAGUGGGGAGGUCAAUAAUGAACACGAGGUCAGACAGAUCGAGGCAGCAUCCAGGAGAACAGCAACAGAGGACACACAAAUCAAAUGUAAUGACAUCUUUAAACCCUUAUCUGAACAAGACAAACCCAUCAGAACUGUGCUGACAAAGGGAGUCGCUGGCAUUGGAAAAACAGUCUCUGUGCAGAAGUUCAUUCUGGACUGGACUGAAGGGAAAGCAAAUCAGGAUGUCCACUUCAUAUUUCCACUUCCUUUCAGAGAACUGAAUUUGAUGAAGGACCAAAAACUCAGUUUGGUGGAUCUUCUUCAUACACGGUUUAAGGAGAUUAAAGAAAUGGAAAUAUCCAGAUCUCACAAAGUUCUGUUCAUAUUUGAUGGUUUGGAUGAGUGUCGUUUAACUCUAGAUUUUCAGAGCACUGUGAGAUUGGAUGAUGUCACUCAGUCGUCCUCAGUGAAGGUGCUGCUAACAAAUCUGAUCAAGGGGAAUCUGCUUCCCUCUGCUCUCAUCUGGAUCACCUCUCGACCUGCAGCAGCUGCUCAGAUCCCCUCUGAGUGUGUGGAUCGACUGACAGAAGUCCGAGGGUUCAGUGACCCACAGAAGGAGGAGUACUUCAGGAAGAGAAUCAGUGAUCAGAGCCUGACCAAUAGAAUCAUCACACACCUGAAGACAUCAAGAAGCCUCUAUAUCAUGUGCCACAUUCCUGUGUUCUGCUGGAUUUCAGCCACUGUUCUAGAGAGAAUGUUGGGUGAAGCAGAGAAUGGAGAGACCCCCAAAACUCUGACUCAAAUGUACACACACUUCCUUAUCAUUCAGACAAAAAUCCUAAAAGAAAAGUACCCAAAGAAGCAGAAGACAGAUGAGGAAAUACUUCUCAAACUGGGACAACUGGCUUUUCAGCAGCUGAUGAAAGGAAACCUGAUCUUCUAUGAGGAAGAUCUGAGAGAGUGUGGCAUCGAUAUUAAAGAAGCAUCAGUGUACUCAGGUGUGUGUACACAGAUCUUCAGAGAGGAAUCUGGGCUGCACCAGAGUAAAGUGUACUGCUUUGUUCAUCUGAGCAUUCAGGAACAUCUUGCAGCUCUAUAUGUGCACCUGACCUUCAUAAACCAGAAGAGAAAUGUGCUUAAACAGAGUCAGUCCUCUAAACUGAGGAUCCUCAAGAGAAAAGAAAUUACAAUCUCAGAUGUACACAAGAGUGUUGUGGAUCAGGCCUUACAGAUUAAGAAUGCACAUCUGGAUCUUUUCCUUCGCUUUUUUCUGGGUCUCUCACUGGAGUCCAAUCAGACUCUCAUACAAGACUUAGUGACUCAGACUGGAAGUAGCUCUCACAGCAAAGAGGAAACAGUUCAGUACAUAAAGAAGAAGAUCAGAGAGAAUCCCUCUGCAGAGAAAUCCAUCAAUCUGUUCCACUGUCUAAAUGAACUGGAUGACCAUUCUCUAGUUGAAGAAGUUCAGCAGUACCUGCAGUCUGACAGACUAAACCAAAGAAACCUCUCUUCUUCACAGUGGUCAGCUGUGGUCUUUGUACUGCUGACAUCAGGAGAUAAUCUGGAUAAAUUUCUCUUACAGAAAUAUAACAGAUCAGAUGAUGUUCUUCUGAAGCUGCUGCCUGUAGUUGCAGAAUCUAAAACAGCUGAUCUUUCAAGUUGCAAUCUGACAAUGAAAAGCUGUGCAGCUCUGGCAUCAGUGCUCAGCUCAGAAUCCUCAGGUCUGAGAGAUCUGGAUCUGACUAAUAAUAAUCUAGGAGAUUCAGGAGUGAAGCUGCUCUCUGUUGGACUGGAGAAUCCUCUCUGUAAACUGGAGACACUGAGGUUAAGGUAUUGUUAUAUCACAGAUGAAGGCUGUGCUGCUCUGACUUCAGCUCUGAAAUCACACCCUUCAGCACUGAGAGAGCUGGAUCUGUCUGGGAAUAAAUUCAGAGAUUCAGGAGUGAAGCUGCUCUCUGCUGUACUGGAGAAUCCUCUCUGUAAACUGGAGACACUGAGGUUGAGGGAUUGUAAUAACACAGAAGAAGGCUUUGCUGCUCUGACUUCAGCUCUGAAAUCAAACCCCUCACACCUGAGAGAGCUGGAUCUGUCUUAUGAUAAUCUAGGAGAUUCAGGAGUGAAGCUGCUCUCUGCUGUACUGGAGAAUCCUCUUUGUAAACUGGAGAAAUUGAGUUUGUGGUGUUGUAAUAUCACAGAUGAAGGCUGUGCUGCUCUGACUGCAGCUCUGAAAUCAAACCCCUCACACCUGAGAGAGCUGAAUCUGUUUGGGAAUAAACAAAGGAAGAAAGGACAUCAGCUGCUGUUUGAUCUUCAGUAUGAUGAACAUUACAGACUACAAGAUCUAUUGUGA